AUGGUCCGGAUUGAACAAAGCCUGAUUCAACUCAAACAACCGCCACCCCUUUCAUUUGAUCAAGCCAUGGCUGCCACCAGCAUUCCUGGCGUAUCCGAGUUCCCCGACAUUUCAUCUUCAGAGCAACAACUGCUGCUGAUCACGGCACAUGCAGAGGCCAACAGAUCAGCAGCUAUUCUGCUGUUGCACGAAACCUGCCUUCUACGUCUUGCAAAGUUUCACCCUAAACUGCAAUCCAGUCGAUCGGAACUCGUGGAAGACAUACUCUCGUUCGCGGAAAUGAUCUGCAGUAUUGGCAUCAUCACAGCCGCGCUCCCUAUCUGGGCUGUCUUUGUGGCUGGGUGUGUAGUGAAUGAGGCCGAUCAGAGACAACGCGUUCUGAAGAUUUUGGAUGAUUUCCAGUCCUCCAAACGCUACGGUAGUAUCCCUCCCGCCUGCGACAUCUUGGAAGUGGUUUGGCGACAGAACGAUGUCAAGGCCGACGAAAAUCCACGAAAAGCGCGGCCAACCACUUCUAUGCAACAGGCUCCAACGAGAAACCGCCGGUCCCAUAACUUCGACAUCCUUGAAGACGACCGACCUCUGGGAAAGAAGUCUUAUGUCAACCUCAAGCAAAUGCAAUUUUCCUGGGAAUCCGCAAUGGCCAUGGUUGAAGGGCUCAGGUUAAGCUUGACCUGA